AUGAAAGUCCCCCUCAAGAGACAUUUCAAGAUGAGCCUGCUGGACAUCACCAAGAUGUUCUCCCUGUUCCAGCCCAGCGAAGAUGAAGACGGGGACAGAGAAAGACAAGAGCUGAGUCUCGCCGUGUCCCAGGACAGCUACCAGCUGUUGGACCAACUGUUGCACCAAGAGAGAUACAAACGGGUCAUCAACAGUCGGAGCGGUUGGGGGGUGCCAGGCACUCCCCUGCGCCUAGCGGCCUCCAAGGGCCACGUCAGGUGCGUCAAGGUGCUCCUGGACCACGGAGCCGAAGUGGACAGCUUAGACGUCAAAGCACAGACGCCGCUGUUCAUUGCCGUCAACAACGGGCACCUUGACUGUGUGAAGGUCCUCUUGGAGGCAGGGGCCUGUCCUUCCGGGAGCAUUCACAACAACUGCACCCCGCUGCUUACGGCUGCGCGAGAGGGAGCCCUCGCGAUCCUGCAGGAGCUGCUGUCACACGGGGCAGAGCCUAACGUCAAACCCCGAAUCCCGGAGUGGGCGACCAACUCCGUAUCCUGCUGCGGACCUUUGUAUUUGUCUGCCGUCUACGGUCAUCUGGAGUGCUUCAAGACCCUCUUGCUGUACGGGGCUGAGCCCAACUACAACUGCUCGGAUAGGAACAUGAUUGCCCGAAUUAAACACCCCAAGACUCUCCUGGAAGUCUGCUUGAAGCACGGCUGCAGGACAGAGUUUGUCAAGCUCCUCGUUGAUUUUGGUGCCAAUGUCUACUUGCCUGGUAUCACGUUGGAGAAGAGCUCAGCAAACCCUGAAGUGCUUGAGCUGUUGGCCAGAGAAAGAGCAUUCCCAAAAUCCUUGAUGUCUCAGUGCAGACUGGCAAUCAGAAGGUUUAUGAAGCUGGAGAACCAUCCCGAAGCCGUGGACCAACUGGACAUCCCGCUAGUGCUGCUCAACUACCUCAAACACCAAGUGUAACGGAAGAUCAACGCCGAAUUGCCCAGGGUUACCAAGUACUGUAACUGGAUAAGGAAAA